AUGUACAUUCCCUUUGCUAUUAUCUUUCCAGGUGGGACCGUUGUCGACACGAACAGUUUUGGACAACCGGGCAAAAUGGACGGAUUGAUUCACGAAUUUGGACACAACCUUGGCCUGUGGCAUGUCCAUCACGGUAUAUCAGAAGUCAAGUGUGACGAUCCUUGCAUGGAAGAUGAACCUUCGCUCGAGCUAGGCGAUCUCUGCUCGGAUACAGCGCCAACAGCUCAAAACACACACUGUCGCGACCCUGAUUGGACUGUCCAGGCUUGUGGCAUUAGUCCUUUCAAGAACACACCUUACAGGAAUUACAUGAGUUAUGCCAGUAAAAAUUUGAGACGUUUUUCGCUUCUCCUUACGAAUAUUAUUUUUCUGUUUUUUUUUUCGACGUAUAUAUUCCAUUAUUUUCUUCUUUUAUAUUUUACAUGGUUUGCUUUUUCUUUUCUUCUUUCUUUUUUCUUUCUUUUUUUGUUUGUAAGCUGUUCUAUUCUGCGUUCUUUUUGCCUUUCUUUCUUUUUAAUUCCUUUAUUUCUUUUGCUUUUUCCUUUUUCUUUUCAUUUCUUUUAUUCUUCCUUUUAUCUUUUCCUUCCUUUCUCUUUUUCUUUCUUUUUUAAUUUUUUUCUUUUCUUUUUCAUUUUUGUAAACUGUUUUAUUCUUUGUUCUUAUCUUUUUUCUUCCCUCCUUUUUAUUUCCUGUUUUAUCUUUUUCCUUCUUUCCUUUUUUUCUCUCUUUCUUUUCAUUUUUCUUUUAUCUUUUUCAUUAUUUUCUUUUUUCCAUUUAUUCUUUUUCUUUUUAAUAUCUUUCUUUCUUUCAUUCUUUUUAAAUUGUUUCAUUAUUUGUUCUUAUGUUUUUCCUCCCUUCUUUUUUUCUUUCUUUUUAUCUUUUCCCUUCCCGACUUUCUUUUUACUUACUUUCUUUUUAACUUCAUUUCAGUUCCUUCCUUCAUUUUAUUCUUUCUUUCUUUCUUUCUUUCUUUCUUUCUUUUAA